AGCUUCGACUUUUUAUCCAAACUGGAGAAGCACAAGGUUACCCGUGCCACGGAGAGACCGUGGAAAUGUGGGGAUUGUGGGAAAGGUUUCAGUUACCCCUCCGAACUGGAAACUCAUCGACGCAGUCACACUGGAGAGCGACCGUUCACCUGCUCUGUAUGUGGGAAGGGAUUCACUCAGUCAUCCAGCCUUCAUACCCACCAGCGUGUUCACACUGGGGAAAGGCCUUUUACUUGUGUACAGUGCGGGAAGGGAUUUAAUGCUUUGUCAAACCUUAUGACUCACCAGCGAGUUCACACUGACGAGAGACCUUUUAAAUGUUCCAUCUGUGAGAAGUGCUUUAAAAGCACCAAAGAUCUGCUGAUACACCAACGCACUCACACCGGGGAGAGACCAUUCACCUGUGCAAUCUGUGGGAAGGGGUUCACUCAGUCAUCUCACCUUCUGACACAUCAACUUGUUCACACUGAUGAAAGACCAUUUAAGUGUUCUGACUGUGAGAAGAGUUUUAAAAGUAAAAAGGAUCUAUUGACCCAUGUGCGCACUCACACUGGAGAGAGGCCGUUUAUUUGCCCCUUGUGUGGAAAAAGAUUCACUUGUUCAUCCCAUCUCUUGACACAUCAGCAUGUUCACACCAAUGACCGACCUUUUAAAUGUUCUGAUUGUGAAAAGAGUUUUAAAAGCAAGAAGCAUCUCCGUAAACAUCAGCGCGUUCACACUGGUGAGAGACCAUUUGCCUGCUCCAUAUGCGGGAAGAGGUUCACUCGUUCAUCCCACCUUCUGAGACACCAUCGAGUUCAUACUGGAGAGAGGCCAUUUAUCUGCAAUGAAUGCGGGAAGGGAUUCACCGAUUCAUCUGACCUUUUGACGCACCAGCGAGUUCAUACCGGAGAAAGGCCUUUCACCUGUGCUGUAUGUGGGAAAGGAUUCACACAGUCAUCCCAUCUUACUGAGCACCAGCUUGUUCACACUGAUGAAAGACCUUUUAAAUGUUCCAUCUGUGAGAAGAGAUUUAAAAGCAAAAAAGACGUUCUCACACAUAGGCGAGUUCACACUGGUGAGAGACCAUUCACCUGCUAUGAGUGUGGGAAGGGAUUCACUCAGUCAAACAACUUGCUCAGACAUCAGCAACUGCACAAGUGACUGCAGGUGUUGGAUGUUAUUGCAACAGUUAAUCACACUAUCAUGAAUCAAACUCUUCAGCAUAGCAAUACUGCUGUGUGCUGUUUUUAUUUAAUCCCAACUGAAUAGGAUAAAUAUUUAAUGAAACAGCAACAUUUUGGAAUUUGUCUUUCCCACUGGCUGGAAGAACAAUUGAGGAAAAACUGUAUAGUGGAUAGUACACUGUACAGUGUAUUCCUUCAGGGCCACAGUGCAAAGGACAGGCAACUCUUUGCUCUUUCUCAUCUUUCUAUAUUAGCUGCAGUGCAACUAAUCUAGUCACAUUCUAGAGCUGUGUUACAAAUGUUCCCCAGUCACAAUCAGAGCUUCAAGGUUACAAAGCUUAGUGAUUAUUUUUACCAGAUUUGGAUGCAAGUUCAAAUCCCAUGUUAGUAGAUGGUAUUUAAAUUCAAGUAAUUAAAUAAAUAUGAUCAUGAAGCAACUGGAUGGUGAUUAAAUGCAUGGAGUUUGUCAAAUCUGCUUUUGGAAAGAAUUUUGCCACCUAUACUUGAUCCGGUGUGCAUAGGACUCAAGAUCCACAGAGAUGCGAUUUACUUCUAACUGCCCUCUGAAAUGGCUGAGUAAGCUAUCAAUUCAAGGAUAUUUAAGGAACUUAUGCAUAUGUUCCCAUGUCAUGAAUGAAUAAGCAGGAAUGUUUGGGACAAGAUUCAAUUGCAAAUAUGAUGAGAGUUGGGACGAAAGAGAAAAUGGUUCGAUCAGAUUUUGGUGCAAAACUUAUGUACUCCUGACUGAAAGAGAAGGUGUGGGUUUCAAUUGCCUGUCAAGGAAUAACCGAAAAAGUUAAUUUAUUUGUGUGACAAUCCAUAAUCUAUUAUUUUAUUCAGCCAUCUGAAGGUCAGUAUUAAUAUUUAAAAUGUGCAUAUUUAAAAACAGCCACUAUUAAGAAAAGUCAGACUUUGCAGAAGCCUGUUAUCUGCUGGUACCAUUCUAUAAUAGUCAUUUGAUCUCAAGAUUAAAAAAAAAUGUUAAUU